UCUCCUCUUUUACUCGAGAUCAGAGAAUUUUUAUUCGUACAUUUCUCUCUCUCUCUCCCUCGACCGAAGAAUUAAUUUAUUAUUUUUCGACCGAUAUCAAUCGUCAAUUGCGUUUUUUCCACGUAUUUCAAAGUGCGCGGGUGUGUGUUUGCCUACUGGUUGUAAACGUGGAGUUUCAAGCUCCGCAAACGAGCUUGCGAAUCAUGAACGAGUUCGCGAGGCUUUGAACGUCUUUGGUUCGUUACGUCAAAGGAAAUAGAUUACAGCGAGUGAAAUUGAAAUCGAGCAGAAUCGAUCAAUUACCGUAGUUGGCGCAAAAGCUGAUUCUCGAUCGAGUCUUCGCUCAAAGUUUUUGGGCAACUGUCGUAAGCUAAUUCUGCAUUGAACAAAAAAGGUGUGAAUCAAAUCAAUGGAGAACAUUCGAAUACCAUUGGAAGCGGCAGCGGCGAGUCUCGCCAACGCAACCAUGAACGCGACGGCCUCGAUACCGGUGAAAAGUCGAUCGACCAGCAUAAUUGCCUUCGUCGUGUUGAAUCUCGUGUACGUCGUCGGUAUCGUGGGAAAUAUCGUGGCGCUCGUCAUACUCUUGUGCAAGGACAAGGGCCGAAACAGAAAGCACCUGCUGAUGCUGCGCUGCCUGACCGUCAACGACUUGAUCGCCAUGAUCGGCACCUGGGCCCAGAUGUACAUCUCGCGGAUCUUCGUCAACGGCAGCUUCUGCUACCUGCACGUGAUCUGGCGGCUCUUCGGCCUGUUCAGCGGCUGCGUGGCUCUGGUCAUGGCCGGAGAGAGAUGGCUGGCUCUCACCCGGCCCUUCGUUUAUCAGAAGCAGGUAACGUCCCAGAUGAUCGUACGCUGCAUGAUUGUCUUGUGGCUGGUCGCGCUCACCCUGACGAUGCUGCCCUUCUUCGGCUUCGGACUCUACGAGAAGGUCACCGACAAAGGCGUCAAGUGUCUGAGGUAUCGGGACGCCGUCGAGCCCGUCGACGUCGCUUACGCCUACGUCUGGUUCACCUUCGGUACGAUCCUUUGCCUGUCGAUCGUCUGGUGCAACUUGGCCGUGGCGAAUGCGCUGCGUCGUCUUGGCCGACGCAACGGAGCCCUGCGCCGCAUAUCUCGCGCCUCGUCGAGGGCGAGACCUCUGCUGAACGUCGACAGCCAACCACCGGAGCUCGGAAUAACGGCGGAGGAGCGAGCUUUCGCCAAGCUCAUGGCUAUGCUCUCGAUUUCCUUCUUGCUCUGCUGGAUGCCGCAGAUGGUAUCAAUUCCGCUGGCUCAGUACUUGCAAAGGUUGCCGCAGGAUCGCGUCCUGCUACGGCGUCUGAUAAUAGGCUUUCAAAAGGCCGCCGACAUCCUCCUCUGUCUGCACUUCACUCUCGACCCGUACAUCUACGUUCUGUUGAGGCUGCGCUCGGGGCUGCGCUUCAAACUGCUCAAGCCACUCUGCCGCGUCUGCUGGCCGGCCAGAAGUCGAGCCAGCUCCUUUACAGCGACGACGGAAAAUCCAGCUAGCAGCGGUGACGUAGGUGACCCACCGACGCCCAUCACGGAGACACCCUCGACACCGGUGAGCGAAGAGCACGAGUCCCAACUGGUCGCCGUAGCUGUGUAAAUGCCGACCCAAGCAAGUUUGACAAUUUGUUUCGGAGCGUUGCUCUGAAAAAAUAUAUCUCUUUCCCGCCGGAACCUAUCAACUAUUGUUGUAUUUAUCCUCAUUCGUCUCUGUAAAUUGCCAAUUAUCUGAGAAAUCUAAUGGCUGACGAUUUUUUUUCUUUUGCUGUCUUGAGAAACUUGUUCUGUAUGUCUUAAUUGUCCCUAAAAUUUAUUGAAAUUAUAUUCGGACAAUCUAUUACCUUUUUUUAGAGGUUCAUAAUUGGUGCUUCUCUUAAUUACACAGGUACUGCUUAUAUUGAAAAAAAUUUUCAGCUUAGUCCAGAGGGAUUUUAGAAAAAACGUACUAGUUUUUCCACUGAAAAUUGACUAUACAUUUAGAAAAACAAUAUUCCCAAGGAUCUGAGCCUUUUGAGUAGUUUGCCACUGUGGAGAGAAGUAUAAAAGUGGAAAUCUAAUUGCAUAAAAGUUUUAAAUUUCCUUACGAUGUUAACUAGUAUCUUCUCAGUUGUUGUAAUAGGCCUUCAAGUCUAUCGGGCAUGAAAAAUUCGAUAGUAUGGAAAAAACUAUAUGUCGAAAAUAGGCUACUUUUCGCUUUUUUUGGCCUUUAUUUAAACAUUUUUCCACAAUUUUUUGAUACUCGCAGAUUUUUAGACGUCGUUAGUAUUAGUGGCCCAUUAAAAAAUUUAGGAGAUAUUAGAUGAAAAUCUUCAUCGAAAAUGAUAAAAUAUAGCUCUUUAUGUUUCUAUGUUAACAUCGCUCAAAGUUGAGCUAAGAAUUUUUUUAAUAUUGACUAAACCAUGAAUUUUAUAUAAUCGUCGACUUUGUGACCCUAAAAAAGGUAGUGUGCUCUGAAAAAAACUAGUUUUUUCGUCAGCAGGAAAAGUUUUAUUUUGGCCAUUCGAUUUUCAGAUAAUUGUCCAUAUGUAACUAGUAGACAGUAAAAGAAUCAAUUUUCAACUACCCGAUUCGUUUGACUGUUAAUCGUAGUUUUAAUAUGUUGAUAUUUUUUUGUAAGUUCAUGACACUUAUAAUGUGUAAUAAUACAAUCUUUGAUCAUUCCAUUAAUGUUUAUUUUAAAACUUUCAAAAUAUUUACAAAAUUAUUAAAAUUAUCAAAAAAUAUAACAGCGUGAAUAGAUGUUGAACCUUUUUUAUGUAAUCCAGAGGUAGCUAAGGUAGAGUAAAAAUGGAUAAUUUUCAAACGCUUUGAAAUAAUUUUAAACAACGAAGGCAUCUUUGAAGAUUUUAUCAACAUUUUCAGAAG